CAUAAAAUUCCCAUUCUAUCUCAAAAUCUGAUUGAAAUGAUGAACUGUUUAAAUUAUGAUCAAAUAUAACAGUCAAGAUCAAAUUACUAUGAUAGUUAUUUUUUAUCUCAUAACAAACUUAUUAUCCAAAUAAAAUACGAUGACAGUUAUAUUAUUUGACACCAAAAUCAUAUGUUACAAGUUCUGAAAUAUCAAUAUUUUUGAUCAGCUGAUCUCGCUUCUUGAGUUUGACUGAUAACCGGAACGGGAUCCUAAAAAGGAAAUUUUUCUUAUUUUGUAAUUCCAAAUUAUUGUUAAUAUUUCUCAAAGUUUUUUAUUCUUAUAUUAACUGUGAAAUGAGAAGUUAAAGCAUUGAGAGCCCGAAAUGAGUGAGCUACCGGUACAACGGUGGGACUUUGAUGCCCCACUAUGGGAUCAGUGCACGUUCAUAGGACGAGUCAAGUAUUAUGCAUGGAUCACAGAUCCCAGACUCAACUUUGUCAGCACAUCCUGUUUUCAUCAGGCAAAACAUCUGCGCACACUCUACCUAGAAGGCAAGCCGCCUGCCGAUGUGACGGCUGAGAAGUUCUACUUCUCGAAGCAGCUGUAUGAGAGCGCUUUCCAUCCCGAUUCCGGAGAUCUGAUGAAUGUUUUCGGGCGAAUGUCGUUCCAGAUGCCUGGAGGAAUGCUUAUUACCGGAGCUAUGCUCACCUGGUACAAAUCAACGACGGCUGUGGUGUUCUGGCAAUGGGCGAACCAGUCUUUUAACGCGUUUGUGAACUACACGAAUCGUAACGCCAACUCACCCCUGACUGAGAAGCAGAUGGGAAUCGCCUAUGUGUCGGCCACAGCGGCUGCUUGUGUCACCGCCAUUGGCUUCAAGAAGUGGCUCGCCAAGCAGGCUUCACCCCUAAUACAGAGAUACGUACCUUUUGCUGCUGUGGCUGCAGCUAAUUGUGUGAAUAUCCCUCUCAUGCGUCAGAAUGAGUUUUUGGGAGGCAUCGACGUUUUCAGUGAUGACGGAACAAAAGUUGGAACAUCAAAGCUUGCGGCUGUAAAAGGAAUAAGCGAAGUUGUACUAUCGAGAAUCAUCAUGUGCGCCCCCGGAAUGAACAUAAUGCCGCUAAUUAUGAAAAGGAUGGAGACCCGUUGCUGGUUCAGGAAAGCCACGUGGUUCCAUGCGCCAUUCCAAACACUCAUGGUCGGAGGAUUUUUAACGGUGAUGGUCCCAGUAGCGUGUGGAAUAUUCCCGCAAAAGUGUGGAAUUAGUACGUCGAUGAUAGAACGAUUCGAGCCCGAGGAAUACGAAAAGCUGAAGAAAUUCUGCAAAGGCAAGGUGCCCGAAACGGUAUUCUUCAACAAAGGCCUUUAAGCGAGAGGAGAUCGGCUCAGUGUAGCAUCCAAUAGCGGAAACAAUACAAGUAUUAUGUUCGAUUCCUGUGUAGAGAUGUAAAUGUUUUAACUCUCUUACUCAAGAGGCUAAAGUAGGUCGGCUCAGUACAGUAUUUCUGAUCUCUUCACUUAACGAAACAGAAUGCAUUUGUAAAAUCAAGUAUUCCAACACUAACCCUCAUUUCUUUUAACAACAUUUUAAAAUCUCAACAACUCAAAACAUAACAUAAAUGUUUACAACAUUUUUAAAUCUCAACACUCAAAACAUAACAUGAUUGGCAACAUUACAAAAUCUCAACAACUCGAAACAUAACAUAUAUGUUGUAUUUGGAAGAAGACUAGCAGAACAAAAUAAAUUGUAAAAUCAAGUAUUUCAACACUUACACUCACUUUAUCUUUUGACAAUAUUUAAAAUUCUUAACUCAAAACGGGACAUACAUUUUUAAUAAUUAUCUAUUUAUAAGAUAAUCUAGCAGAACAAAAUCCAUUUUUAAUGUGAAGUAUUCAACCCCAAUAUACACUUCAUCUUUUGACACUAUUUCAAAAUUCUAUUAACUCAAACAUGAAUGUUGUAUUAAUUAUUAUUGUAUUUGGAAGACGAUCUGAUUCGGAAAUCAAUCUAGUCAUAUUGGGAACGAUGAAUUGUGUUUUUGAGCAAUAAUUAUUUCAAUGUACCAAAUUUCUCUGUGUUUUCAUUUCAUUUGAGCAAUAAUUGUUGUUGUAUCCAGUUGGAAUUUGCUGUAGAUUAACUAACUGUAUGGGUUGCAUGAUAUUUUGCAAUAAUUAACCUAAAAUCUAGUAAUUGGUGAAGGUGAUUGUUGUAUGAGUGUUGAACGAUCCUUUCAUUACUAAGCAAUAGACAAUAAUCAUUUGUUGUUAAUAUAUAUUUGAAAUGUAAUAUUUUUCAAACGAAAAAAUAUGCUAUUACAUGAGAA